AUGUCAUUGUGUAACGCGAUCUCAUUUCUGCAUUUAACCCUUGCAGGUCCGACAUCCGCCCAAGAAGGAGAAGCAUCGUCAUCUACUUCCAAAAAGACCAAGAACGAGAUCAAGUUUGAACAUGCGAACAAGAAACGCGGUGCCAAGCAUGAAGCGAAGGCCAAAGAGGCGGAGGAAAAAGCGACGAAAAAGGCAGCGAAUGGUGUUGCAGUUGUCUGUCCGACAUGCCAUCAACCUGGCCAUAGCCGCUCCUCCAACAAAGCAUGCCUAACUAUUGCCCCAAGCGCAUCAAUGCAAGCGAGCUGA